ACGAAGGAAAAUUCAAUAUGUGAAAUAAAAAGUUUACGUGUGACAAUAUUUGGAAACUGCAGUUAAGCUGGCUAGUGCAUAUAUAAUAUAUACAUGAUAUAAUCAAAAUAAAUUGUGUCCUUUAAUCCAUCAUCCAUCAAGGCAAACAUUAUAAUCCACUGUAUCAAUAUAUACAAAAUACAAGCUGCCAUAUAAGAAGUAAUUCGGCGUUGCAAAUUUAUGGAUGACGAAAAUUCUUUUCAACAAAAUGCCAUUAAAAACAUAUUUGCUUCAUCAUUGAGUGAUCCCAUUUUGGGUAAACAUUUCAAACUACCAGGUGGCGAUUGGGCACCAGAACAACGUAUUAAAUUGGAUACUUCAUUGUCCUAUAUACCAGUGUACACACAUUUGAAACUACAUCCAAUAGAGGAUAUUAAACCAGUGUCAGCCCCACAGCUUAUAAAACGUAUUGCCCAUGAAAACUAUGAAGAUUUACCAGAAUCUGCUAUUUCGAAUGAAAUUGAAAUUGAUGAACUUCCUCCUAUACCAGCAGUUAUCUGGAAUCCGCCAGAGUCAUAUUCUGUUGAACAUGAUAGCGCAGACAGUCAAUCAUACUGCAUGUACAACUGGUUUCCAAAAGAUUGGAAUUCGAAAAGUUUAGACAAAACAAAAAGAUCUAAUGAAUAAAUUUCUGAGCAUAUAUUUUAGAUAUGAAUCUCGCUAAGUUUUCUAUUUAUUUUUAUAAUACAUAAA